UUCCAUGCUGACAUAAUUGUGCACAUGAACGUCCUGGCUGGUGCUCUCAAGAGCAUCAACAAUGUCAAAAAGAGAGACAAACACCAAGUUCUUAUCAGACUGUGCUCCAGAGUCAUUAUCCAGUUUCUAACUGCGAUGAAACAUGAUUACACUGGCAAAUUUGAAAUCACUGAUGAUCACAGAACUGGGAAAAUUGUUGUGAACCUCACAGGCAGGUUAAACAAGUGUGGAGUGAUCAGCCCCAGGUUUGAUGUGCAACCCAAAGACCAAGAAAGAUGGCAGAAUAAUAUGUUCAUGUCUCAUCAGUUUGGUUUUAUUGCGCUGACCACCUCAGCUGGCAUCACGGACCAUGAAGAAGCAAGACAAAAACACACAGGCGGGAAAAUUUUGGGUUUCUUUUUCUAG